GUGGCGUCUCUGGUAGGUGGGUACCAGGGGAACCAGCCGACCCUAGCAGGGCGGCGAGGGCGUCUCCUGCCCCGCAUGGCGUUUCUGGUAGGUGGGUAUCAGGGGGACCAGCCGGACCUAGCAGGGCGGCGAGGGCGUCUCCUGCCCCGCGUGGCGUCUCUGGUGGGCAGUUGGAUACCAGAGGAACCAGCCGGCCCUAGCAGGGCGGCGAGGGCGUCUCCUGCCCCGCGUGGCGUCUCUGGUAGGUGGGUACCAGGGGGACCAGCCGGACCUAGCAGGGUGUCGAGGGCGUAUCCUGCCCCGCGUGGCGUUUCUGGUAGGUGGGUACCAGAGGAACCAGCCGGCCCUAGCAGGGCGGCGAGGGUGUCUCCUGCCCCGCGUGGUGUCUCUGGUAGGUGGGUACCGGGGAACCAGACAGCCCUAGCAGGGCGGCGAGGGCGUCUCCUGCCCCGCGUGGCGUCUCUGGUAGGUGGGUACCAGAGGAACCAGCCGGCCCUAGCAGGGCGGCGAGGGUGUCUCCUGCCCCGCGUGGUGUCUCUGGUAGUUGGAUACCAGAGGAACCAGCCGGCCCUAGCAGGGCGGCGAGGGCGUCUCCUGCCCCGCGUGGCGUCUCUGGUAGGUGGGUACCAGGGGGACCAGCCGACCCUAUCAGGGUGUCGAGGGCGUCUCCUGCCCCGCGUGGCGUUUCUGGUAGGUGGGUACCAGGGGAACCAGCCGGCCCUAGCAGGGCGGCGAGGGCGUCUCCUGCCCCGUGUGGCGUCUCUGGUGGGCAGCUGGAUACCAGGGGGACCAGCCAGCCCUAGCAGGGCGGCGAGGGCGUCUCCUGCCCCGCGUGGCGUCUCUGGUGGGCAGUUAGAUACCAGGGGGACCAGCCGGCCCUAGCAGGGCGGCGAGGGCGUCUCCUGCCCCGCGUGGUGUCUCUGGUAGGUGGGUACUGGGGAACCAGCCGGCCCUAGCAGGGCGGCGAGGGCGUCUCCUGCCCCGCGUGGCAUCUCUGGUGGGCAGCUGGAUACCAG